CAGGCUCGGAGUGCCUCCAGCGACACAUCCGAAGCAGCUGAGCAAAUUGCGAAUCUGUCGGAAGAUCGAGUCAAGCUCAUUCAAGAGCGUGACGGGUUUUUGAAUCAACGGAAGGAAGCUUCCGCUGUUGUCGGCAAACUCAUGCGUAACAAGGACAAUUUAGACUCAUCCCAACAGGAGGAAUUGGAAGAGGCGAAAAGUGCCAGUACAGCAGCGUCUGAAAAGGCUACUAACGCUGAAGCUGCUUUGGAAGAAAUCCAAACUACCAUGGAUCGACUACUGGCAGGUAUUCCCAACCUACUGGACGAUCAAGUUCCCUUUGGAAGGGACGAAUCUGAAAACGAAGAAGUUAGCCGAUGGGGUGAUAAAGAUGCCCUCCCAGCAAGAUUGGAAUGGGACGAUUCUUUUCAGCCGCUGUGGCACGACGAUGUAGCUUCCAAUUUAAACGGCUACCAGGUCGAAGCCGCUGUCAAAAUGUCGGGUGCCCGCUUCGUUGCCUUAUCCGGAUCCAUCGCCCAACUCGAACGCGCAAUUGCCAUGUUUUGUAUCGACCUCCAUACCACGCAGCACGGCUAUACCGAAGUAUCCGUCCCGUUUGUGGUCGGUCGCUCCGCUCUCGAGGGCACAUCGCAGUUACCCAAAUUUCAGGAAGACUUGUUCGCCAUUACGCCGGAAUCGCAUACGUGCAACGGCGAGGAUGCCUUUUUGAUUCCCACCGCCGAGGUGCCCGUCACCAACAUGCAUCGAGGGCAGGUUUUGGAGGAAAGUGAUCUGCCUCUUUCGUACGUGGCCUGGACUCCCUGCUUUCGCGCCGAAGCCGGAAGUUACGGUCGGGAUACCAAAGGUUUAAUUCGAACGCACCAGUUCCAAAAGGUGGAACUGGUCAAAAUCACAACGGCCGACACGUCCGAUGCGGAACACGAAACGCUGACGGCGCACGCGGAAGCAGUCCUGCGGUCGUUGGAAUUGCCGUACCGCAAAGUACGUUUGUGCUCCGGAGAUAUUGGAUUUUCAGCCCGACAUUGCUACGACUUGGAGGUGUGGUUGCCCGGGGCUGGUGAGUUCCGUGAAAUUUCGUCCUGCAGUAACACGGGCGACUUUCAAGCGCGUCGCAUGAGUUUGCGGUAUCGCCCCAAGCCAGCAGAUGGCUCGAACAAGAAACUCAAGCCGGUAUUAUGUCAUACGAUAAACGGUAGCGGUUUGGCGGUGGGUCGUACUCUGGUAGCCGUUUUGGAAAACUACCAAACGCCGGAUGGUUCGGUGGUCGUUCCCGAAGUCUUGCGGCCAUACAUGGGCGGCAAAGAAAUCCUCAAAGCUCCCCAGAAAUAG